GCCUGCUUCCUAGGCAUAGCCAACCCUACCCACUAAAGAUAGUUUGGGCUGUGGAGAAUUUGUCUGCCUGACUAGAAAUGAGGGUCCUGGAAGGGGUGAAGCAGGGUUUACAGCCAGCCAUUGGGGACAGACAGAGGGAUGCAUAGGUACCCUUCGGUGUGGUGGCAUAUCUGAGGGAGGUGCUAGGCCCUGAUUCCCUACAGUAUUGUGCAGUAUUUCACUUAUCCCACAGGCAUUUAUUCACGCCCACGCCAGGCACUACUCCAGAUCUGGAGACAUGGUGGGCAAGAUGAAGAGUCUGCCCUCAUGGACUGCCUGUUCUGGUGAAGACCGUCUCCAGCUGGUGUCUCCUGAGCAUAGCAUUUCUGGAGCGGCACUGAAUGGGUUUCUGGGGUAGGAAGACUAGGGCAGACAUAUCUGCUGUCAUAGAUGAUGGCUGGCAGGCCUCAGUGGUGUCUUGAUCUCAGAGCCAGGCCUGAUGGGAGGGAGGGGAUAGCCUUCUGAAUGAAGAAGAACCCUUGGAUGGUGCAGAGGUCCUGAGUUUCAGAGUCUCAGAAGACUGGAGAGCAUGGCAGGGUGAGGGAAAGCUGGUAACACGGCCCAACAGGAGGCCUACAGGCUCUGUGAGAUGCUAGGUCAUGCCUGAAGGCAGCCACGGGAGAGUGUGAGCCAUGAAGGGACAAAAGCUGGCUAAGCCACACAGGGAAAGGGAAAGGCUGUGACACGUGGUGCUCAUGGUGGCCCCUGGAAGGAGCAGCGGUGGGGAUAACUACCUGGUUCUUCCUAGACUGAUUGGAUUUCUGCCCUCAAACUUGCCUGCGAUGUGACAUCAAAUAAGAGUUUCCAGGAGGUAGGUGCCCCAUCCAGAUGUUUGUCUGACGUGUGCUAUGUGCCUGGCACUAACUCUGAGAAGGUUUAAUACCAGCAGUUACCACACACCACUGCUGGGCUGAGGCAGGCACCAGAGGCUUCCACGGCUCAACACAUAUGGGAAACAGGUAAAUGACAGAAAACAUGCAAAAGCCCUGUGAGUGCGCAGGAGGGGUGUCACACAGAGGAAAGGCCAUAGGAAUUUCCAGUGUCAAAGGCUCUGUGGGGGUAGAGUCUGAUAAGGGAAUAGGAUGUGCCUGGUGGAAGAAACAGACGGAGCCAGAAGUUCACCUUGGAACCAUGAUGAGUUCUCACUCAGCAUGCCAGUGGCCCUGUGCUCAGUCUGCAGCACCAUAAAUAAAUAGUUUAAAAUAUUCAUAAGCAAACAAACAAAAAGCCCUCAACCUGGGGAAAUGGCUCAGUUGUUUAAGAGCUUGUCAUGCAAACACAAGGGCUUGAGUUUAAUUCCCCAGAACUCACAAAAGAGCACCAAGCCUGGCAGCAUGUGCCUGCAAUCCCAGUGCUGGGGAGCACCAUGCCUGCAAUCCCAGUGCUGGGGAGCACCAUGCCUGCAACUCCAGUGCUGGGAGUACCAUGCCUGCAAUCCCAGUGCUGGAGAGGCAGAGACAGGAGAUCCCUAGAGCUUGUAGCCAACCAGACUAGCUCAAUCAGUGAGCUCCAGGUUCAAGAGGAAACCCUGCCUUUCAAAAGGUAGUAAAUAAGGAAGAUAGAUGCUCAGGGUUGACCUCCGGCCUUCACGUGUACACAGACACACGCACUCACACUCCACACACCAAAGAUUAAUCUUGCUUGUCAGCAGGAACUAUUUUAGGUCAGAAAAUCAAACCUUAAAAAGAAAACAAAUUGGUUUGGUGAACUGUAACCCUGAUUAAAGAAAAGAAAAGAGGAAGAGUUGAUGGAGCUCGGCGCUCUGAGCCCGGGCGUUCCAACCCUGGCGUCGGCAACUGUGUCUCUUGCGUCUCAUUUCAUUCCUUCUGACCCCUUACUCAGAAGGUCAUUCAGGCAAAAGUCCCAGGAUUGUUUUGACUGGUCCCGUAUCUUCACUGUCCCAGGGCCGUGUGAAUCUCCUGAUACAGCAGUUUGAGGUUGCGUCCCAUCUCCCAGGGCCCAGCAGUCGUUCAAGUCCUCCUUUGUGAAAGGGGACAGGGAGUCGGAAUACUGAAUGCUUCACAACCUCCGGAGAUCGCCUAGCAACCUUCCUUAGGAAUUCUAUCUGGUCCUGAUUACAAAUCGGAGGGAAAGCCCCAAAGAUUGAUGAGUUUGCCUUGGGAGUCAGAGAAAAGGUGAAACCAGAGGUCAUCAUGGGUCAGAAGGUCACGGGAGGGAUCAAGACUGUGGACAUGCGGGACCCCACAUACCGACCUCUGAAGCAGGAGCUCCAGGGUCUGGAUUACUGCAAGCCCACCCGGCUGGACCUGCUGCUCGACAUGCCCCCCGUGUCCUAUGACGUCCAGCUGCUCCACUCCUGGAACAAUAAUGACCGCUCACUCAAUGUCUUCGUGAAGGAAGAUGACAAGUUGAUCUUUCACCGGCAUCCGGUGGCCCAGAGCACAGACGCUAUCAGGGGCAAAAUCGGGUACACACGGGGACUGCAUGUGUGGCAGAUCACAUGGGCCAUGAGGCAGCGAGGCACGCAUGCUGUAGUGGGGGUGGCCACGGCGGAUGCCCCCCUGCACUCUGUCGGCUACACGACCCUUGUAGGAAAUAACCAUGAGUCCUGGGGCUGGGACUUGGGACGUAACCGUCUUUACCACGAUGGCAAGAACCAGCCAAGUAAAACAUACCCAGCCUUUCUGGAACCAGACGAGACGUUCAUCGUCCCUGACUCCUUCCUUGUGGCCCUGGACAUGGACGAUGGGACCCUGAGUUUCAUUGUGGAUGGACAAUACAUGGGCGUGGCUUUUCGGGGACUCAAGGGUAAAAAACUGUAUCCUGUCGUGAGCGCUGUCUGGGGCCACUGUGAGAUCCGUAUGCGCUACUUGAAUGGGCUUGACCCUGAGCCCCUGCCACUCAUGGACCUGUGCCGGCGUUCGGUGCGCCUGGCUCUAGGAAAGGAGCGUCUGGGUGCCAUUCCAGCUCUGCCAUUACCUGCCUCCCUCAAGGCCUACCUCCUCUACCAGUGACACACGUCCCAGGACCGACACACGACAGCCACCUGGUGCCAACUCAUCGAGCCAUCGGGGUCCACCGACCCCUGCGCCUGGGAUGGAUACCUAUCCUCAGCCAUGGGCAGAGUGUCCUCAUCCUACCAGCUGCCUCUGCUAGGUGGACCAAUGCCAACGGACUUCUCUCCUUCCUUCCCAACACUGGCUGAAGCAGCAGCAUCCAGGCCCUUCCCUGAACCAGAUGCAGAGAAUAAACUUCUAAGAAAGCCUCUGUCGGGCCCCUGUCCGCUCUCACAUGGAGUGAGCUGCUCCCCACCCUGUGGAGAGUCUGCAGCCACCUGGGGGUCCUGGGAAGUAAGAUUAGUGGGAGAUGCCAGGGCUCCAGGGCAGAUUUCGAAAGCAGGAAUGGCCAGGACAAGGCCAUCCAGAUGAAGCUCAGGAUGUCACAAACCAUGGACACUGAGACAGAACCCCAGGUUGGACCUCCCUCGGGCCAAUGAGUGCCUGGCUUUGAUGCCAGCUGUUGGUGCUCCAUGCCCUAUAUUUAUUCUUUAAACAGUAACAGCGGCCAUUUAUUUAUUCCAUUUAGAAAGGAAACCUCCCUCGGUGUGUUCUGUUGCUCCCCCACACACACCUGCCACCUCCCUGGAAUAUGUGUGCCACACGUCCCUUUUCCUUGGACAUGCCUGUGGCAUAUGAAUUGGCAUGCACAGACACAAGGGUGCCAUUGUGUAGAUCCCUUGACCCAGUUUCCAAAGGGCUCUGCAUCAGCACCAGAGCAGGCCCCAAGGAGAAUUAUAGGGCUGUGCAAGUCUGUGUCCCCAGGUAGCCGCUUGCCUAGGGCAUGCGUACAUCAUUGCACAUGUUCGGAGUCUCUUGCCUUCCAUGAGUUUGGAAUUUUGCAGCUGAUUUUUCUGGUGUUCCCUUUUGGCAUCCUCAGAGCUCUGGGUCUGGAGGGCCAUCAGGAUAAAUGGGGGUGAGUGGGAUUUCCAGCCCCUGGGAACGCUAUAGGCAAAGCAAGAUGAGAGAGGCCAAGAGCAGGGUGGGGCGUCAUGGAAGCCCAUGCCUCUCAGGCUCAGGAGCCCUAUGGAGCAGCACCCAUCAUGACCCCACCACACACCCUCAAGCCUCAGGAGUGAGGUGUAGGACGGCAAGCAGGUGAUGACUGCCUGUCCCCAUGGUCACCCUCAUGGAGUCUUUGAGCACCUGAUCCUGCCCUCUUGCUCUUUCUUUUACUUUGAAAUCAGAUCCCUAAAUUGGGAAUGUAGCCCAGUUGGUAGAGUGCUUGCCUAGCACGCAGGAAGCUCAGGUUCCAUCCCCUGUACCAAGGAAAAUCAGGCAUGGUGAAACACCCAUGGCCCCAGAACUCAGGAGGUGGAGGCAGAAGGACCAGGAAUUCAGCUGCAUACUGAGUUUGUGGCCGCCCAGUGCUAUGUGAAACCUUGUCCUUUAAAAAAACAGAAAGAAAAGAAACCAACUCCCAUCGAGUCUGAGCUCUGCCAUUUCUGCACAGGUACAAUAGAUGACUUUAUGUUGAAAAUGUUUAAUAUAUUUACAUAUAUAUUUGUAAGCAUUGUUUUAAGCAGCUGCUGUAGGGUACCUUUUUUUUUUCAGUCUUCCAGUGAAAUAUAAUUUCUAAAGCACAAAAUUGGUGCCAAGACUAGAUAAAGAAUGUAAAUUAUUCCCUUCAUAUUUUGAAGUUUUGGGUUUUUGUUUUUUUGUUCCUUUGCUUAUUUGUUUUGUUUUUUUUUUUUUUUUUUCCUUUGGGGCCUUGUCAGAUUGUAAAAUUUCUCUUGUUCCCAUUUUGGAGUGGAUCAUAUUCAACUGUACAGCUCCCAGCUCCUCAUCUUGAUCCAGCUAUUACCCCAUGGAUGCUGGUGAAUUACCAGGCUCUCCUGAAUCCCCCAUAUUCCAUCACCAGAAGGACCCGCCACCCCUCCCUGCUGUCCAUCAGCAUAAAGCCUCUCGCGUGGCAUGUAUAGUUUUGAAAACCCCAUUCUGUUCUAUUUUAUGAUGAUUCAUAACAGUAACCUAAUAAAGGAAAGUUUGUUAAAAUAUGAAA